AUGGCUCCCAAUCUCACCUGGUUCGACGAUUUGGAGAGAAACUUGAAAACGCUGGCCGCCAAGUUGACCCCUGAGAACCGCAGUACUGUCUUCAAGAUCAUCAACGCCGCAAGAACCGAGUCUGGCAAACAGGCACAGCCCGAGCCCAGCUAUCCCAGCCUCGCUGUGACUUCGAUCAAACCCAAAGAUGUCGAAAAAACUUUCAAUCUCAAAUGGAACAAGGAGAAGUGGGUCCUGCGCCCCCAGGACCGCAAGCCCAUGACCGCUCGCCUGCGUGAUACACUGGAGGACUUUGCCCUGGCCACGAAAGGCUCCUCCGAGACGGAGGCCGCUGUGAGAAGCCGAAUCGAUGUCAUCCUCUACAUGACACUGGCCGACAAGAAGAGAAAGGAGCACCGGGCAGCAGGCCAUCGGUCCUCCAUGGAGGCCUUGACCCAAUACCGCUCUAUCGAAUUUCAAGCGGAGACCGAUAUCAAGCUUCCCUGGACCUACAAGGGCGAGAAAAGACUCAUCAGCGGAAGAGCCGACUACACGCUAUGGUAUGGGGAACCAGACAGCCCCGAGUCAAAUCUCAUGGUCGUCGAAGCGAAAACCGAGGGUGCCGAUGGGCUUAAGCAGGCUAUUACCUACAUGGCCAUGGUUCAUCACGCGAGGAAAAAGGCGGGUAGGGCAGACACUAUCAUCUGGGGCAUCGCUACCAACAGCUGGGAGUGGAAGUUCAUCCGGCUUAACGCCGACUCCGCGAUCGAUUACGCCUCCUAUGACCUGAGAAAUUCUGACGGCGAGCAGAAUGUCAUCGGCAUGCUGCACCUAAUUUUCGAUCAUGCAGCUGGGCUCAGCCCAUCGCUGUCCAGAGGGCCCUCCCUCGCUAGAAAAAGAACACUGGAGGAGGCGGCCGGUCUGGAAGUUUCGCCCGCAUGA